AUGACAACAAUUCCACCGGGCUGGGCAUUAUACCAGACCUACCUUGCCGGUGAAUUGGUUUAUGACACCUUCAUGUCCAAAAUUCAUCGACAACCGGUAAAGCCAAUGAGUGUUGGAUUUUUAGAUGUCGACACUUGUAUUGCUUUGGAGCAGCUUGCCAAUAUCCUGGCCAUUGCUUACUUCAAUCCUGUUCAUCUCAAAAUUGACAUGGUUAGAUAUAAUGAAUCUCUGGAAAAAUAUGAAUCCGGACGAAGCGAGAAACGAGAGCAAACUCUUUUAGACAAAUUCCCUCCUGCAGAACAGGUUGUCCUAAGAACACCGAGUGUCAUCAUUGAUUCCGGAGGCAGAAUAAUUGUCUGGUAUUUGCCCGGAGCCAUGACUGGCAUGAUAAUGACAGACAUGCAAUGCGCCACGAAUUUCAUAGGACAUCUGUUGAACGAUAGCAUCACCACCAGGAAGGCUACUGAAUGGAGGACCCAUGAGUCCAAUUUCUAUCCAAGUCUGGAUGGGAAGAUCACACCCGGUUGCAUAAAUAUAUCACCCGCCUGGUUUCAGCAAGGCAGAGAGGUAUCCGCUGCAUUGAAAGGUGAUGCUGGUCGCAAUAUCACAACCUCCCUUCAAAGGUCCGGUAAUCGCUUCUUGGUUCCGUACCAAGUGGCACCCCGACUAAGACCCCGAAAAACUGUCCAAAACAGCUAG